AUGGCGUACGUACUACUGUCACAUCACCAACGGCUAUGCAAAGAUCCAUCCAGUCUGGCCAAUCUCCUCACCAGUCUCGUAUCCAAACGAGACUUGGCUAUCAGGGAACUGAUUCUCACUGAGGAGUCAUAUGCAAACGAUUUGAACGAGGUGAAAAAGGUAUUCUACGAACCGAUGCGUAACUCGAUGCUUCUCAGCGAUGUGCAAAUCAACCGAAUUUUCCUCAAUUGGUCUGAACUAUCUGUCCAAUCCCGAGAACUGCUUAAUUUAUUUACCGCUCGUGUGGAGGCGUGGAACAACCAACUAAAUGCCACGGACUUCUGUGUUGGUGAUAUUUUAGUACAACAUCUUCCGAAAUUUCGUACGUAUCGUUCCUACUGCACACGUCAGACUUUGGCGGCCGAAUCGCUUCACACUUAUUUAAAAGAGAAUGUCAAACUGCAACAACUGGUCCGUUUGUGCGAGCAGAAUACCCGAACCAGGGGUCUACCGUUGUCAACUUAUUUGUUGAAACCGAUGCAACGCUUGACCAAAUACAGGCUCCUUGUUGAACGGAUCCUCGAGCAUACUGAUCAGUCGCAUCCAGACUUCGAUGCCUGCACGAAAGCGCGUUUACUUAUCUCAAAUGUUCUUGAUUCAGUAAACACUGCUGUCGGGACGAAGGCUUUGGAUCGUCGUACAGAUUGGCUUCGAGCGCGUGUGAUAGGUGAUGCAGUUACUUUGGAUUGGCUAACAAACUCUGGGAAACGAAAUCCUUCGGAUCGUCUGCAUCUUUUAUUUUAUGGUACUCUGUUCAAGGUCAAAUCCGGUCGCGAAUUGAUUGGAUUCUUGUUCACUCGAUAUUUAUUACUCACCUCGCCUAAUUUUUCCACCGGUGGCCAGUGUUUUGAAUUCCCCUCCCCUGGUUCGGAGUCCACGCAAACGUUUGCAGUCUACAAACAACCAAUCCCGUUGGCCGAGAUUAUCGCCAGCUCGGGCACAGGGAACGAUUAUGGAGGAAAACUAUACAACAGUCUUUCUAAUUUGACUCUUCCUAGUCCCUCGGUGGCUUACCGACAGUCGGAGCGUCCGAAUCCCCCGGCAACUCCAGUGAAAAAGUUAGGCUCAUCCUCGCGUAACCUAUCCGAUGCUGUACACGAAAUAAAUUUGACAUUUUCUCUGUUUCGCCGUUCGAAACCAGGGGAGCCAUUUCUUACACUUCGCGCUCCCAGUUCUAGCGAAAGGUAUGAUCCGAAAAUUAUUGAAGCCUUAAAUUUGUCCCCCGAUGUCCGGGGUGAUCAACCCCAACUGUUUCACAUCAUAUUGUGGACCACCAUCGGUCUGAUAUUGACUGUCUGGGGUGUAUCCUGGGGUAUUUGGAAUAUGGACCCAGGACAUGACGGAAUAAUCUAUCGAGGCGCUGCGGUUCGACCAAAACGGGACUAA